AUGCCUCGCGGCUUGUGCUUCUACAGCCGCUGCAAAAAUGCCGAGCUCGAGGAAUUCUACAAGGAGCGCACUGGCGAGGACAUGCCGAAGACGAAGAAGCGAAUGACGAAGAAGGACCUUGCCAAUGAGCUGCGAAAGGUCGACCGCUGCCCUUGGAAGCAUGGAAAGAAGUUCCGCUUCUUGGAUCUGCCGCCGGAAAUGCGCAACAUCAUCUAUCGCGAGCUGCUUCCUGUCCUUCCUCCUGGCACCCAUCGCGAGCCCAAUGAGUCGAAGUGCCAGCCAGCCAUACUUCGAGCAUGCAAGCAGGUGCAUUCGGAAGCGCAAAGUAUCCUCUACGGUGACCAUGAGGGCGAGGUCACUAUCCGCGCACGCCACAAUUUGUUUCUCCGCGGCGGCGAAUGGAUGGAACGAAGGACUAUGACAUUACAUGGCCAGGACAGCAGAGAUGAUGGCCACCUAAACGGCUCUUGCACGCUGGCUGGUUUCAACAGGAUCAAUCUCAGAGUCGUCAUAGACAUCUCCGGCUCGAGAAUAUUGUCCCCACCUCCUCGGACAGUCUAUGCGAUAGGCAGCCAAGAACUCCUCGGCCUGGUCUCAUUUCUCUCCACGAGCACUGUCUUAAAGACUGUUUCCAUCGCUGUCAUCAAAUACGUACCCGAGGAUGACGAUACGGCUUUGCUCAGUAUGUUGCAACCUCUGGCACGCAUUGGUGCAACAGCUAGUAUCGACCUCGUCGAUAUUCCCGAGGCGAUUAGAGACCAAAUUAUGAACGAGAAGAACGGCAACGUAGACUCGAACAAUUUCUUCGCCGAGUUCCAAGAGACAUAUGCGAAUAUCAGGGCGCUGGAAGUGUUUAGGGCGGACGUCGAUACCAAAGGGGCGAUCAACGAGAUCAAGGACAGGUUAGUGGGAAUGGAUGCCAGACUCGCAGAAGUCCGCGGCUUUGUGGACUCCGAUGUCGAGAAGACACUACGAGAAGCAACACUCGCGACGAAAUCGUUCCUUGCUGGUGGGAUCGUGGACAAAGUCAAUCGCCUGGCUCGUCGUAAGGCGAAGGAGAUCAAGCAGGAGGCAGCUAAGAAGGUCGAUGAGCUUGAGUCUCAGCGGCAGAAGUUCAUUGGGAUUGUAAAAGCGGCAAAGGAUGCCUCUGGAACAGAGAAGGCGGCAAAAAACUCCUCUACGACGACAACGGAUUGA